GCUUAGUACUUGCCUCUUCCAUAACUCUGUCUUAAAGAAGGAGAAAGAGAGACAUGCAUGCCAAGACAGACUCGGAGGCAACAAGCAUAGACGCGGCGGCUUUGUCUCCACCGCGUUCAGCGAUCAGACCUCUUUACUACGUACAGAGUCCAUCCAACCAUGACGUGGAGAAGAUGUCAUUCGGGUCUGGCUGUAGCCUAAUGGGUUCACCUUCACAUCCACAUUACUACCAUUGCUCACCAAUCCAUCACUCCCGUGAAUCAUCCACCUCUCGCUUCUCCGACCGUGCUCUCCUCUCUUACAAAUCCAUCCGUGAACGCCGCCGAUACAUCAACGACGGAGACGACAAAACUGACGGCGGAGAUGACGACCCGUUUCGGAAUGUGCGUCUCUACGCUUGGUUGCUUCUCUCCGUAGUCUUCUUGUUCACAGUCUUCUCUCUUAUACUGUGGGGUGUUAGCAAACACUACCCUCCUAAAGUUGUCGUAAAGGGGAUGCUGGUGAGGAACUUGAACGUGCAGGCAGGGAACGAUCUUAGCGGUGUGCCAACGGACAUGCUGUCUCUUAAUUCGACGGUCAGGAUCUUCUAUCGAAACCCAUCAACUUUCUUCGCCGUCCACGUCACUGCUUCUCCUCUCCUCCUUCACUACUCCAACCUCCUCCUCUCCUCCGGUGAGAUGAACAAGUUCACAGUUGCUAGACACGGCGAAAGGAACGUAAUGACGGUGGUGCAAGGCCAUCAGGUUCCUCUCUACGGUGGUGUCUCUUUCCAUCUCGACACACUCUCCCUCCCGCUUAAUCUCACUCUUGUCCUCCAUACAAAAGCUUACAUUUUGGGAAGACUCGUCACCUCCAAGUUCUAUACAAGGAUCAUCUGCUCAUUCACUCUCAAUGCCGACCAUCUCCCAAAACCCAUCUCUCUUCUCCGCUCAUGUAAAGAUUACCACUGAUUACACCUGUGUGUGUGUGUUAUUGUUCUUUUGCCAUCAAAUAUUUUAAUCCAUCAAGUAAAACAUCAACAUUGCU